CGCGCCCCCUGACUCGCCAUUGGCUGGUUCACAAUGAUUGACAGGAGCGACCAGUGACGACACUUCCGGUGGGAAAGCGCGGCGGGAACAUGGCGCCCGGAGGGAAAAUCAACCGUCCGCGCACGGAGUUGCAGAGAAAACUUUUCAAGAGGCGAAGGGCUGCCAGUAAAGCGAAGAGGAAGAAGCCCAUAGUUGGUGCUGUGAUUGACGAGGGCCUGAUCACCAUCCAUCACCUGAAGAAACGAUGUUCAAAUAAGAGAGCGAAUAUCACACUUUCUGGGAAGAAGAGGAGGAAGCUGCAGAAACAGAUCCAGCACAGUCAGAGGGAGGGCUCUGCUAUGGAUGUUGAAUCUGCUCCCCAAGGAAUGAGGCAGGCGGCAGGCACGGAGGUGGUGAGGGACGGAGACAAGGAGCGGAAAGCAGAGGUGCAGAACGUGGAAAUGAAGGAUGAAGAGGCCUUGGAGCAGUCAGUGUGAACAGGACGGGGCAGAGGUUGCUGAUCCCAUUGAAGGACCCUGGAUGUCUCAGUGUGGCUGCCAUAUGGGACCUAAUUUUGCUACACAUCUCCGCAGGUUUGUCCAGUGUCUGUGCCAACUGGACACAAAUCAGUGACUAAAUUGAGACAGUUGUUGAUAGCAUCCAGCUGUUGUGCUGCUCCACCAGAAGCCACUAACUACAGCAGCCAAACCACCAGCUCCUGGAGUGAAGCAUCACCAGUGUAUGUGAAGUGGUGCAUUGACCAGUCGGGGCACCCACCAACAUGCCAGUGCCACGUGUGUCCUUCCCUGGGGUCACUGGAAGCAGCUGCAGAGACCCAGACUGACCAUCCCUGCUGGUCUGAGCCCAACUUCUCCCUCGCCAACUUCCAGCUCUAUUUCUGCACACCCUUGCUCUUUCCACAUCUGUCAACCACACCCCUCAUCCCACCACCCUCUCCCCUCCACAGCUUUCCAUCGCUCCCUUCCCCAGCCCUUCUCUCCUGCCCACAACCACACAACAGUAUUGGUAACAAGAAUGAAUGGCACAAAUGGAUAUCAUCUGAUCUUCUAGAUCAGGAUGUGGAUGAGCAAACGAAGGAAUAAAUCUUGUAUUUAAUAUUGUGUGUUGAGAAAGGAUUAAUUGCUAACUUUGAGAAUGAAGGGGCUGUUUAGGAGCAGUAGUGAGCUGGAAUUUUACAUUAUGCAUUGACAUUUGGAUGUGAAUGUAGGAGGCAUGGUUCAGCAUUUGCAGAUGACCGACGUUGGUGAUGGGUGGACAGGUUACAUGACCAUAUUGAUCCAUGGCUGCAUGGGCAGAGCCGUGGCAGGUGCCGUUUGAUCCGGAAGUGUGAGGUGAUGCACUUCAGGAGAAGUAACAAGGGGAGGACGUACACAGUGAAUGAGGGCCCGAGGGAGUACUGAGGAAUGGAGGGAUAAGUAGAUAACGCAGCAGAAGGGAUACUUGCAUUCUAUGUCCCAGCUGAUGUAGGCAAGAGCAGGGAGAUGAUGCUUUAUUAACAUUGGUUGGGCCACAGCUGAAGUACUGUGGACAGUUCUGGACACCAUACAAUGGGAAAGAUGUCAUUGUACAUCACAGAGUAGACUCGAUGGGCUGAAUGGCCUAAUUCUGCUCUUAUAUGUUAUGGUACUGGAGAGGGUGCGGGGAGGUUCACGGGAACAUUGCUGGUACGGAGGGUUUCAGUUACGAGGGGAGUCAGUAGGCUGGGUGUGUUUCUCCUGGAGCAGAGUAGGCAGAGGGGGUACUGACUGAAGUGUACAGAAAGGACGAGGGGCAUGGAUCGUCAGAAACUUUCCCACAUGACAGGUGGUGCCUCAAACCAGAGGGCAUUGGUUUAGGGGCAGGACAAUUACAGAGGAUCUUUUCCAUCUAAGAUAUUUGGAAUAUACAACGCAAACCACAAAAGCCUGAGGAGGGAGAUGGUUACCGUGAACCGCAGCCCAUCCAUGUUUGUUGUUGAUACUGAGCCAGGGGUCAGUGUGGUCUGAGACACAGAAACAGGCCGAUGCAUCAAAUUAAUCUUUAUUGAUGAUCACAAAUACCAAUAAAAUUGACGCAUAUAUUUAAAAAAUCGGAGCCCAAGAGCUGAUAACCAAACAUGGCCAAUCCCUGAGGUGCGGCCGCAUGCCAGGAACACCUGUGGAAUAGAGAGGAAGGGGCUGGAUGUCCUUGUCCCGAUCCCACUUCUGAUGGUCUAACGUGAGGAACGGUCCCCGCUGACCAGGUCCUGUGGUGGUGGAGCCUGGUCCCGUACACUGGGGGACAGGGCCUUCUUCGUACGGAUGCUGGGUAUGGGGCCCAUCCUCUGGUGUGCUCAGUGAUGGAGCAGGGACGUGAUGGACGGAGCUCAGGAGACCGGAGGAGAUGAUAUCGCAGCCCCAAUAUCCUGCAAUCAGCCAUUCCCUUGAAACUGGUCGGACAGUCGGGGAUGUUUCACAGAGUUAAUAUUGAGCAAAGGCUUCUCUCUGGGCAGAAGGAGAUAUGGACCUCUGAGGCAGGAGAGGGAGGUGGCGAGGGUCAGGGAGGGAAUCCCAGGGCCCAGGCAGCCACCAGCGGACUGAUUCAGUGACAGAGGGGAGGACAACGAAGGGCAGCUGGGGGAGUGGGGGAAGAGCCGUGUCUGGAGGCAGCAAAGACACUGUGAGGGCUUCUGCAGCCGAAGAGCUGAAGCAGCAGCAAAGUCGGGGGAUGUCCCGGUGGGCAGGUUUCAUGAUGCAGCAGAUACGUGGUCUGAAGCUGCAUCAAAGGCACGGCUGAGGGCCACUGUGGCUGAAGAGCUGGCAGGGGUGUGGGAGGAUGAUAGAAGUCCCAGUGAUGUGACCGAUAUGUGGAUCCCUCUGACCCUCGCUGUGAUCCAAUUCCCUCUCUGGAAACGUCCCGGGGACAGACUGGUGUGUCAGCCAGGGAUUAUGCCUUUAAUGCCGGUCUGGAUUAGGACAGCUUUAUACCUGCUGACUGGUGCUGAGCUAAGAAGCAGCAUCACAAUCCCUCCCCACCAGCUCUGAACAGGAGCCGGGUCUCUGCGCCAGCGGCUGCCGCCAGACUCCUGUCUGACCUUGAACCAGCAGCCUCACGGACCCCUCGGCACAAGGUCCGGCCCGCCACACCAGCUGGGGCGUGCAGCGGAUGGCGAACGGGGACGAGCCGGUCUCAGGGGAGUCCGAGGACAGCGAGGAUUCGGUCUUCGGCAAGGACGAUGUGGAGCCGAGACCGCCCCCCCGCCCUCAGAACCAGACCCUCAAACACAAGGUGAUUUACUACGCGGACCGUGUCUUCCUCUGUUUCUUGGCACUGCUGCUGCUGGUCCUCACCAUGGAGGUUCUCUACAAGAUCUGGUACAUCACCAACUGGUCGGCAAUCGUCCGUCACCUGAAGCAGCUGGCACAGUGGCUGUCAGCGCCCGAGGAGGACGAGCCAGAGUUAUGAUUGACGGCUGUGGCUGGCUGCAGGGAGUGUCUCUCCAACAGCAAGCCUCAGACAGUUGGCAUCACUGGCAUCCUGCACCAUCCGCUGCAUUGGAGUCUACAUCUGGAGAGGGAGCCUGGCGCAGGAGGAAGACCCAUUUGAAAAGCCACAGCUCAUUCGACGAAAUCUUCCCAACGUGUCAUAACUGCAGCCUAAAACCCCUCAGCUUCUCCCCUCCAAUCUGCUGCUUUUGUGCUGGAGGUGAGUCACCACUGGGUUCCCAGCCUCUGACUUGCUCUCACAGCCACAGUAUUCACGUGACUGCUCAGUUCAGUAGAUGUGGCAGGAUCGCAGAACUUUGACCCCACGCAUUGGUUCCAAGGUGGUUUGGCUCAGUAUCCUGCCUGCUGUUUGUGUGUUCAUCACGCAUGUAGUCUGUACCACAGCCUCACUAGACGUACACCUCAUGGUUUUUGGCAUGCUUGGUGCUGGUUCGACAUGCCCUUCUGCAGCCCUCACUGCACCAUUGCCCCUGAUAGUGAGGUAGAGGGAGGGAAAUGGCAGCCCGCGGGGUUACAGCUUGAGCUGGAGCACAUUUCCGCUGUCAUCGAUGGUCCACAGCACCUCAUGGGUGCCCAGGUUUGAGCAGCCUGUUCUGUUCUGCCACUGUCCCGUUUCACCUGAUUAUAGCGCCACACGACACGCUGGAGGAUGUCCUCAGUGUGAAGAUGGCGCCGUGUCUCCUCAAGGACUGUGAAGUAUUUGCUUCCAUCAGUGCUGUCGUGGACAGGCACACCUGCCACAGGGAGAUUGGCGAAGUCACGGUCAAUGAGGUUUAUCCCUUGGAAAUAAGAACACUGCAGAUGCUGAAACUCUGAAAUAAAAGUGCUGGAAACACAGAAGGUUGGGCAGCAUCUGUGGCGUUCCUUUGGUGGGUCUUUUGUGGUGGUGGUGCAGGACGCUCCCAAGGAUUGUGAGGGGGAAGGCUGGCACGUUGUCAGUGAGCUGUCAUCCUGUGAGUACACAAUGUCGGGCAGGUUUUGCACUAGGAUGUGGGACAACAUUCCCAAAGUAGACAGCGGUCCCCAGAGGUUUAUGCAGAGGGCUUUGCAACUGGAAGCAACUUUGCUUUGUCUGAAUUCGGUGCCCAAGUCAGGGCCAUGUUGGUGUACGGGUGUCUGUGUUCGAACGUAGUUAGUGGUAAUCUGGGGUGAUUUGCUCAGCCAGCGAAGAGUCAGCUGCAGGAGAUGAGUCUGGAGUCGCAUCUAGAGCAGAGCAGGUAAGGACAGCAGAUUUCCUCCCCUGAAGGGCAGAUGGUUUUCAUGACAAUCUGGCAGUUUUCCUGAUCUUUGAGACUAAGAUCAGUUAUUGUUUUAUUUCCCCCACCUACUGAUUAUUAGCUGAAUGUCAUGGGCUGCGUGGUGGGACUUGAACUCAUGGCCCUGGAUUCCGGUGAGGUACUUUAACUGCCAUGCCACUGACAUACCUGUGGGUGACUGUGUGUACAUCUCUGCAUUUUGCUGUGUGGUCAGGAGCUUUGUGGCUCUGCAGGUCUACAGGGUGGAACUCGAUUGUUCCUUAAAUCCCUCUGAUAUUUGUUGUAGGUGCAGCUUCCCUCUCUCUGGACAUUCCACAGUGCACAGAGGGAGACUGUGUGGUUGGUUCAUUGUGUGGUCAAGUCAUAGAGUACUACAGAGCAGAAACAGGCCCUUCAGCCCAUCUAGUCCGUGUCGACCUGAUCUUCUGCCUAGUCCCAUCUACCUGCACCCGGACCAUAUCCCUCCAAACCCCUCCCAACCAUGGACCUAUCCAAACUUCUCUUAAAUGUUACAAUUGAACCCGCAUCCACCACUUCCGCUGGCAGCUCGUUCCACACUCGCACCACCCUGAGUGAAGUAGUUUCCCCUCAGAUUCCCCUUAAAUAUUUCACCUUUCACCAUAAACCUAUGACCUCUAGUUCUUGCCUCACCCAACCAGAGGGGGAAAAGCCUGCAUGCAUUCACCCUAUCUAUACCCCUCAUAAUUUUGUCCCUCUAUAAGAUCUCCCCUCAUUCUCCUGUGCUCCAGGGAAUAAAGUCCUAACCUCUUCAACCUUUCCCUGUAACUCAGGUUCUCAAGUCCCGUCAGUAUCCUCAUAAAUUUCCUCUGCACUCUUUCAAGCUUAUAGAUAUCUUUCCUGUAGGUCGGUGACCGUCUUGCAUUCAGUCUGUGACUGACCAGCCCCCAAACCUCAGCCUUGCAGAGACAGACUGUGCUAGCAGUGUUUAAUGUCUUGAACCCAGACCCGUUAUUUCCCUCCAUGUGGUCCCACUUGGAUGGAGAGCUUUGCUGAUGAGACAGGCUGCCUCGAGCCUCAGUUCAUGAUGUGUGGCCCCUCGGUUCUGUGCUGCCCCUGCACAGCAGGACAAGGCCUGCUCACCCAUACAGGGGCUGCACGACUAAACCAAACCCCCCGCAGUCAGACAGCCCAUAGGGUCCCCGAUCUACAGGGGUGCUCCAGUCUGUCCAGGACUCUGCUGCUGCAACAGGAGGUACAUGGGGCAAGAAGCAAGAGGGAGCCACAGUAACAGUGACGUCACCCAACCUGCUGAUCAGCCAAUCACAUCACAGAAUUCACAAAGGCAGCAAAUCAUGAAGAAAGAACUAAGUUUAUUACUUUAAGUAUUUUGUAUUGACAGUACAUGUAUAAGCCAAAGUCAUAGAUCUUAUUAAAAGUACAUUUUAAAAUCUAUUAUUGUUAAAUACUUGUAAGAAUUACAAUCUGCAUUAAUAAAGUGAA